AGUGGAGGCGUGUUUGUUGCUCUGUUUUGACCAGAUGAUCUGGCUCUUCACAGGUGUCUGCCAUGGUGGAUUUUGGUCUGAAUAGAUCGGAGGGUGAAUGGGGAUGGGAGGCAGCUGGGGUAAUCUGAGCCGUGUGAUGAGGAGGAUGAUGUCAGCUCUAGGCUUGUUUGGAGUUUGGCUUUGAGAAAUUUUUUUCAUACCCUCAAGAAAGCAAAGCUAGUGACUUUUGGUUCUUUAAUCCACUUUGCUGCAAAUUUAGAGGCCGAUUCCUUCGACUUCGCACAUUUUUGUGUCCUUUUUCGUAAUCUGCGCGAGAGUUUGGAUCGAAGCGGCCUUUUUCGGUGGGAAAGGUUGAGCGGAGUUCUUUUUUUGUGCUCAAAAUUCAACACAGCAGUAGUUUUUUCUGGUUAUUGUUGGAUUUCACUUCAAUUUCCUGCAUUUAUGGUUUUGAUUUGCUUAGGGCGGAGUUUUUUGGGAGAACGAAUUUGUUAGGAACGUUUAUGGUUAUGGUAGGCAGAAAAUGCUUACAUUUCAUCGGUGUUUUGAGUUUUAAUCGUUGUUUUUUCCGGCGGGAGGUUCGGAGGUAUAUUAAUGACGGAGUACUUGAAAUGUUUUGGAAUUUUCGCUUGAUUUGGUCCCGGCUGUGAGGAAUCCGAGAGUUUGAGAAACUUACGACAUUUGCGGAAGUGGAUUUGGUACAGGUCGUGAACGGCCUGUAGAUUCGUUGAGGGCUGUCGGCAGGAAAACUGAAGCAAUCUUACUCACUCUAAAGUGGCGCUAAAAGUCUUCAAAAUAAGUUAAUGGCCUGUGAAAGGAGAUGAUAUUUCAGCAUUUAACCUUAAAUGACAGCUCGCUAGAGAUGGCGCCAGGAAAUUGUCAGUUUGUUAUUCCGAUUUAGCUCUGGCUUUAGUCCGUUGCCUCAAGUUUAUGGGGAGAAGUGGAUUUGGUAAAGCUUGCACAGCGCUCCUAAAAUUCGUUCCAUUCGUUUCGCUUUUGAUUCCAGCGGAAAAGAUUUCAAACAUUUUGACGAAUUUGAUAGAUUUAAUGAAUCCUGGUCAGAAGGCUAUGGAAGGGAAUGGAUUUGCUAGAGUUUGAACUAGAAGCCCUCUUGACAGUGGUCGGGAAAUCAUGGAUUUCAUGUAGAAAUUUUGAUUGGAGGAAGAGUUUUAGAUAAAUGUGGAGAAAUUUUUUCUGCCUGUUGAAUUUCUGCCGGAGCUUUUGAGGGUUGCAACUUUUGAGUGUGUGUGUGUGUGUGUGUGUUAUGUCGGUGAAAAAUUAUGGAGAAGAACCGUGAAGUUAGGCGUGGGGGAGUUGUUGGUAAGAGGCAUGUUUCUGCAGCCCGCAGAUCUAGGGUAUCAUCUGGAUUCAAGUAUUCUUCAGCAAAUGAAGAUGGAGAUGACACGAUUGGGAACAAUCCCAGUACAAGCCCGAGAUUGCAAGAUAGUAGAUCAAAGAAACUUGCAGGACGCAUGUCUCCCUCCUUGCAGGAAGAUGAUUCUUGUAAAGACCUAGACAGAUCUCAGAACAAGAGGAAGCGCCCUGGAUUACAGGAGCCUCUAAAUCAUUUAUCGACUAGCUCUGCUGCUGCUAUGGAUGAUAACAGUGAUGAUACCGAAAUGGGCAGGUCUGAGGAUGAUGAUGACUUGCCACCACCAACUGUUCAACGGCGUCCUUGGAAGCUGAAACUCCAUGGGAAGCCUCGGGAAGAUUUGAGUCCCAUUGACCCAGCAGCGGUUCCUCGCAAGCUGCGAACAGCUAUGACAAAACGGCAACAAGAAUCCACCUCACAUAUGCAUGUAGCUGAUAUUUCAAAGCAGCAUCUUCAGAAUGAUGCUACAACAAUGUCUACUCCAUUUAGUACAAAUGCGGCUGUUACUCCUAGUCGAAAGAAGAAGCCUGACAAUCUGAAGCCUCCAACUGCUAAGCUGGCAAAGACAUCUUCCACAAAAGUAUCUAAAGCAGAAGUAGAGGUUGCAGAAACUCUGUAUGAUCUUGCGAGAAUGUUUGCAGCUGAAACAGUGCCAUAUUGUCCAGAAAAGAAAGCUGAGCCAUUAUUAUCAGCAAAAUCAGGUUCUGCAAGUAGUUCUACAGAACCUGAUAGGAAGCGAAGCCCUGGGACAGCAACUGCUGAUGUGGCUUCCCCAUCGUCAUCCCUUGCCCAGAGCCAACAAGGAGUUCUGAAGAAGAAGCGUCCACGAAUGAGUUUGGAAACAAAGGAUGAGGAGCUCACAUCAGUUACUGAUCCAUGCUCAUCAGCUGGCCAAGCUCUUUGUCUUGACUCGGAGAAAAGCCAAUCACAAAUGGAGACCAAGACAAGCCCUAAAGGAGGUGCUUUAGUUUCACCUGUGAUAGGUUUGAUGGCAGCUUCCACCAGUGUCAAAGUCAAGAUGGAAAACCCUGUAGUCCAUGAGGCAAAAAUAAUGAUAACAGAAGGCAACAAUAAUCCUCCAUCAAUGGACAUCCAAAGAACAACUGAACCAUCAGAAAAGCUCACUAUUUUAAACUCGGCUGUCCCAGUAAAUGUGCCCAACACGGGUGCUGAGCUCACAGAAAACCUGGAUAAAAGGGAAGCACAGAAACCAGAGCUUGAGUAUAGACAAUUAGAAUUGGCUCCAAAGGAUGGCGGUUCAGUUAACAAGUUUGAAAUAGAUUUGAUGGCACCCCCACAAGGUAUUGACAGGGUUUAUGAGUUUAUUGACUCAAAUAUGCCUGAUGUGAAGGAGAAAGAACAGGCACUUCCUGAUUAUCACAAGAGUGAUGACAAUAUGAAUUCAAAAAUCAAUAAUGGCACUGAGAAAAAUGAGUGCCAGGUGGAUAUGGCAACGAUUCCUUCAGCUGAAGUUGCUUUAGCUGACAAAGAGAGAAAGCAGGUGGAAAAUUCCAAGAACAUAGAAUUAGAUAAAGAAUUUAAACAACCUAUUGGAAGCCCAGCGCAUCAUAAAUGCAAUGAUUGGACAACUGAAAAAGAUAAUGGCAUAAUCAAAGAAAGGAAUAAUAAGACAGAUGCUCUGAAGGACAGGGUCAAGCAGGAAGUCAUUCAACAAACACUCAAUGGAACAGGGAUCAAUGUCAAGCAAGAUGCAGUCAUACAUAAAUCUGAUUCAAAUGCUUUGGCGAAGUGCACCACCACAAGUAACCUAAAAGGCAUGCCUGCACCUGCUUCUGUGGCUAGCUGGCCUGCAGGUUUUCCUCACUUAGGGUACUACUCAACUGUGGCAGCAGUAACAGCUGUAACAGCUGCUGCAGCGGCUUCCACAUGGCCAGCAACUCCAUCAGUGACAGGAACGUCCUCUAGUGAGAACAGUAGGGUGACACCACAGCUUCCUUCAUUUCCCUUCCCACCACAGCAGUCACGGAAGCGCUGUGCAACACAUGUGUAUAUAAGCAACUUCAUUGAUAGUCAACAACAUAUGAAACCUAAUUCAUUAUGGGCACUUGCUUAUGGAAAUCCAACGGUCCUGUAUGGGAAAGGGAUAAUGGGAACACAAGUAUCUAAUACUCUUGAACCUGGAUCUGUGGGAUCUCUCAAGGAAAAAGAACCAAUUGGGGCAGCUGCAGCUACUACAACUGUAAAUGGAGCAAAAGAGAAGGUAGUAAAUUCAGUCCUGGAUACUGUAGAAAUAAAAUCUUCGCAAAAGCAAACUCAAACUGGACAAAAGAACCACUUGAUACCUGUUGAGAAUGAACCUGCAUUUGGUUUGCCUGUUACUGUAUCAACUGCAGCUUCUGUUAGUAGCAGUGGCACAGGAACUGCUAAUGUAGCAGUAAGCAAUAUUUUGGUAACUGCAGCUAUGGUUUCUGGUGGCAGCUCUGCAUCUACAUGCAGUUCUUCUGUAAGUGGCAUUGGGAAUGGCUUAUUAGAUGGAAGCGUGGCAUCUGCUGCUGUUUUACAGGCUCAACUAUUGAAUUCAGUAAUUCAGCAACCUACUUUUCCUUUCCCUAUUUCAACUGACCCUUUUGGAUCAGCUUAUGGACAUCUUGUACCACAACAGGUAUCUCAUGUUUUUAGCAAACACCCUUUCUAUGACACUCAUAUGGUGUCUCAACAAUUAGCUAACACAACUUCACCAAGUGCUCCUCAAAAGCAACCAAAGAAUUCUCAGGGUAGUUUUUCUUCUGGAUCUUCCCAGCUGCAAUAUCAAGAGGCUUUAACAUCCUCGCAAGCUACUCUAUCUUUAAGUGGAGCUGCAUCACAUCAACCAAAGCAUUUGAAUGAAAAGAACAAUACAGCUGACAACAGAUCUGGAAAAAAGCAAAUGCCAGUGGUACAAAGAAAUAUUUAUAACCAACAUUUUACAACUUUGAAUUCUCAGCCGGCAGCACUUACUGGUUGCACAGCUGCAUUGCCAAUUAUUUCACAGGAUUUUAGCCUGGUGACAAAUUUUGGAGGAAAGCAAACAGGUAAAAUGAAACAACAGGCACAAGCACAGCCGCUGCCCCCACAACAGGUAACAGGUCAAAUACAGAAACAGCAGAAAGCCUAUCUUUUGCCACAAUAUCACAUGACUGCUUCUGGUUUGCAAACAGAUUUGAAUGAGUUUGAUUCAAGGGUAUCACAGUUGCCUUUGAAUAGAGGGUCCAUUGGGCCUGAUUUGGUGGGGCUACCAGGUGUUGCAUCAAUCAUGACAUCGCAAGGUGAGCUACUCCAAAAUAUGCCUGAUUUUGCAAGGGGGCAUGCCCAAUCCCAGAAUUCUAUACAAAAUCAAACGAGUUCUGGUCAAUUGCACCAAUAUAGCACGCAUGUUUAUCAUGAUCAAAAGAUGCACCAACGACAACAUGCUUUGAUGGAAAGAGUGGGGACAGCUAAUACUGCAGAGACUGUAAGAACCACCAAUGAAGGGAUUUAUGGUAAAUUUGGACGUGAAGAAAAUCUAAAGGAAUCUAUUAAAUGUGAAUUGGACCAACCAAACGUUUUGAGAUUCGAAUGGGAUUCUUCUCGAAAUAUGUCAGGUUCCCAAACAAACACAGACCCUAAAAGAGCGAGCACUGUUAAUUCAAAUAUGAUUACAUUUUCAGAAGGCACAGCUGGAAAGCUUUCUACCAGACAGGGUAUCCACAUUCCAUCGCAAAAUGUAAGUCUUGGCAGCCAAGGGUUAAGACAUGGCCAUCUUAUGCAGGAUUCUGGUCAGCUGAAAACCACUCAUGUAGCAUCGUCAGGGUCAUUAUUGGCUGCAGCAUCUAGCACUCCACCUCAAGCUAUGCAGGGGGUCACAAGUAAACUUCAGGGGCAACAGUCAAGGAGUGAACAGCCUGCAAUGAAUUCAGUUUCAGUAAGAAUAUCAACUGCUCCAUCUAUAUCUUCAUCUGCCUCUACAACCUCUCCUUUGCCUUCUCUUCACUUGGUCCCAAAGUCAGGGUUAGGUGCCCCCACCAAAAAUGCUAUGUCAGUCAAAGAUUCUCAUUCAUCUCAACAAAAGUCACCCAUGACUUCCACCUCAGCUAAAGGAGUUUCAGCAGCAAAUAUGGUAUCAGUCUUAGUUCCAGGUCAAAACCAUUACAGUAUCCAACAACAACAUCAGCAGCACACACGGCAUCCACAGCCUGUACUACAAAAUUAUCAGCAAUCAAAUAAGCAUCCUUCAACACAGCAGCAACAUCUUCAGUUUGGGCAGCAUAUUGUCAUUCACCCGCCUUACCAAUAUGAUGCGAGGACACAGUCUCAAGUACAUUCGCAGCCUAUGUCUCAACAAUCAACACUGCAUCAUCAACAGACGUUGCAGCAGUUGCAACAAUCACCAGGGCAGACUACAUCUCUGACACAGCAGCAUCUUAAACAUCUCCAGCCAGUUCUUACAAUGCCAUAUGGGGUUUCUGCAAUUGGGAACCUUCCACAUAAUACAGGUGCUGUUGAUUCAGGAAAUGCCUCUCGAAGUAUAGUUUCCGAUGGAGGGAAAACUACUGCAAAAUCAACAGGGGAUACUAGUUCUAAAACAAGUUGUAAUGAUAGAUCUACUCACUCUCAUAACCACAACAGUGCAGUUUCAAGUCUGCAACAUGUUAGCAGUAGCAAUACAGUUCCUGUACCUUAUCCAAAUUCACUGUCACAGCCUAUGCCUAAUACUGUUGCAGUUGAAAAACUUAGUCAAAAGACCAACCAAUGAUUUGGCAAUCAAGGUGCCUAGUUCUAUGACAACUAGACGGUAUUUAAUGCUGCAAAGAACAUCACUCUAAAGAUAUUUGUAUAUCUGUUUCACAGCUGGGAAAAUGCCAACAUUUGAACAGGCAUACAGUUAUCAAAAGUAACAGAUACAUAUAGAUCUUUGCUAAACUUCUAUCAGGUCUUAGAAACCAUUCUUUUUGUUUUCAAAGUGCCUCGGAUGAACUUGAGCUUUUGCUAUAUCAGGAACCACCGAUGCGGGUAAUGGUGUAGCUUUAAUCUUUAUAGAUUAUGGCCUAGCCUGGUUAUUGAUGACAUUAUGAUGUGGCCAAGGCAUGCAGAGCAUAAUUAUGUGGUUUCCUGAACAAGGAAGAAUAGCCAUGUACCUUGAUCAGCCAUCACAAUGUGGAUAAAGUUACCCGAUGAAAUUGCAGAACAAUCUAGCAUCAAUUCUUUUGGCUUUACAAGCAGAUGCUACAACCUGAAGUGAAGAAUCCUGUUUCAUUUGGUUACACAUAUUGAUGUAAUAUGAUCAUCCUGUAAAUUUCUCUGCAGAUGGAUGCAAAGUUUCUACUAAACCAUUUGUCCAUAUAAGGGAAAAAUAUCUCUUCUUGUUUGUCAAAUUCAAUUAUUCUCUAUCUACUUAACACUAUACUCGCAAUGUUGCCAGGGAGACCAAACUUAGUGCUCUUGUCAGCAAUCGAUGCGGAAGAUGGAAUUACUGUGAGUAUAUGACAGGGCUGCGAAUUACAGAGGCAUUUGAUACUUGUAUGAAAAUAACCUGUUACAAAUUUUGUUUCGAUGUGUCUUUAAGGUGUAAAGAGAAGUUGCCAUGUGUAGCUAGGUUGAAUUUGAAGGAACAGAAUUUACCAAUGUAACUUAAAAUUGCGAAUAGGAACAACAUUUGCAUCCAAUUGAGUCUGGUUGGAUGCUAUACGUUACAUUUGUAAUGUAAUGGAUAGAAUCAGAUCUCCCUUCUCAUCAAUUAAUAUUUCUAAUUCUUAGGAAAGAAAAUAACUUUUGGAUAUUACUUGUUUGCAAGUAAGUUGUUUUCUUUCUUCACGAGACUAUUGGGCUUUUAGGGUUUGCAGUGCCUGGGGUGAUUCUUCCAGCAAUUUGGUGUAAUCCCAGGGUUGUUGGGUUCGCUUCCAAGCGACCAAUUUAUACAGUCCAUUGACCUUGCUUUUAACUUGGAUGGGCUAAUAUGUAUUUGGCUUAGUGUGCCUUUUGAGCCCUGAGUUUCACUGGCUCAGAAUCAAAAUCAUUUGGCAUUGUUUCUCA